GUGAAAAUGAUGCAGAUUUAAAGAAGAGAGCGAUCCAAACUUAUGAGGAGGAUCACAAAGAUGAUGGUCCAUUUAUGUUCGAGCAUUGUUGGGAGGUUCUUAAAAAGCAACCAAAAUGGGACGCGUAUUUGGAACGCCUAGAAGAUUUGGAGUCGGGCAAGAGGAAGUUUGUUGUUGAUGAUGAAGUGGGAAAGCAUUUCACUCUCGAUGAUGUUCAAGAUGAACGACCACCAGGUGGCAAGCAAGCUAAGGGGAAACCGAAACGGAAAAGAAAUGACGAAAGUUGUAUAAUAGAUCUUGAAGAUGAGCUUAGCAAGUUUGUAGAAGCUCAGACUGCAGCAAAUGAAGGCCGCAAAGAAAUGUUAGAGACACAAAGGCGUGUGUCGAGUGAGAAUCUGGAAGCUCGGAAGCUUGCAUGCCUUGCAGCAAAAGAUCACAAGGAGUCAGUCAUGCUAGAAACGUAUCGCUCAUUGAUGAUGCAAGACACGACUGGGAUGUCCGAAGACGUGAGAUCUGAGCAUGUGUUGGCACUGAAGUGUUUCAGGGAGAAGCUGUUUGGAAAAACUGACUAAGGUAUUGCCUACUUUUUGGUAACAUACAAGUUACAUUAUUCUCUGCUAGAAAUAUUAAUAGGGUACAAAUAGAAGUUGUAGUCCACAGUCAAAUUUCAAUUAACUGCAUGCAGUCCAGAUAACCAUGUUGAAAUUAUAGUCCAGAUAACUAAGUUGAAAUUGUAGUCAAGAGUCAAAUUUGACUUAACUGCAAUGCAGUCCAGAUAACCAUGCUGAAUGCACUUAACUACAAGGCAUUCCAGAUAACAAUGCAGUAAUUAAUACAGACCCAGAGAGAACAUGGCACAUCUAUAUAAUACACCAUCUCAUCCUCAGACUCCCAUCAUGCCAUCUCAUCCUAAUCAUCAUAGACACCCAUCUCCCUCACCAACCAUGCCAGAUUCAUCUCCAUACUCCGAUGAUUCCGAUGAACUUGCCCCAUCCAGAAUCAUGGAAGCGUAUGCUUCUGAGCAAACCAUCCUAGACUCCUUUGCUGAGAGCCUCAUGACGAAGAUCAAGGCUAAGCUCACAGCUAGCUUAUCUCAUGGAAGAAGUGGUCCAAGGAAGAGAAUUCGGAGGGAUCAUGAAGGUGCUCAUCAGCGUCUAGUGGAGGACUAUUUCGCUGAAGAACCACUCUACCCCGAGAGUAUGUUUCGUACAAGAUUCCGCAUGAAUAAACAUCUCUUCAUCCGCAUUGUGAAUGCCCUUGGUCAGUGGUCUCCCUAUUUCACUUAUAGGGCAGAUUGUGCUGGUCGAAUAGGGCUCUCACCAUUGCAAAAGUGUACAGCAGCUAUGCGCAUGCUAGCAUAUGGCACUCCUGCAGAUGCGCUGGAUGAGUAUUUAAAGAUUGGGAAGUGCACAGCAUUGGAGUGCUUGGACAAGUUUGCACGAGGGGUUAUUGAGGUAUUUGGUGGGGAGUACUUGCGACGCCCCACUAGGGAGGAUGUCGAGCGUUUACUUCAGGUUAAUGAGGCUCGUGGUUUUCCUGGAAUGUUAGGAAGUAUCGAUUGCAUGCAUUGGCGAUGGGAGAAGUGUCCUUUAGCAUGGAGGGGGCAAUUCACACGUGGUGAUUAUGGAGUGCCAACAAUGGUCCUAGAAGCUGUUGCUUCCCACGACCUUCGUAUUUGGCAUGCUUUCUUUGGUAUUGCUGGGUCAAAUAAUGACCUCAAUGUGCUCAACCAAUCCCCACUGUUUUUUGAUGCAUUAAAAGGAGAAGCCCCCCAGGUUCAGUUUUCUGUCAAUGGAAAUGAGUAUAACACAGGUUAUUACCUUGCUGAUGGUAUAUACCCAGAAUGGGCUGCCUUCAUGAAGACCAUACCACUUCCCCAAACAGAGAAGCAUAAGUUGUUUGCCAAGCAGCAAGAAGGAGCAAGGAAAGAUGUGGAGCGUGCUUUUGGGGUAUUGCAAUCCCGUUUUACCAUUGUUCGUCGGCCUGCACGACUAUGGCAAAGAAAAAGUGUUGGAAGGAUCAUGCGAGCUUGUGUGAUUCUUCAUAAUAUGAUAAUCGAAGAUGAGAGAGAGCAGGCUACCAUUCAUAUUGACUUGAAUGAGAUUCCAGGGGCUUCAUUGGCUCUACCCCCUGAAGUGAAUGUUGGUGGAAAUCUGUGCUUCGCUGAUGUGUUGCGUAGAAAAGCUACUAUUCGUGCUCGUCCACAACAUACUCAACUUAAAAAUGAUUUGGUCGAGCAUAUUUGGCAUAGGUUUCAUAAUUAGUCACGGUAGGUUUUUUAUGACUGCAUGUUCAUAUUCUUUUUUAUUCUUAUUAUUACAUUGAGGAUGACCAUGAUAUCUUACAUGCAUUUUAUUUCAGGACUAUGCUAUGAUGUGGUGAUUGCUGCAGUGCAAACUGGUUCGAAGCUUCUUUCUACCAAGAUCAAUAGAUAAUGGCUUGUUUGGCAGUCUAUUUGGUUAAUGUUUUUGUUUGAAAGACUUAUUUGAAGUACUUUUGGUUAAUGCUUGUAUCAGAAAGAGUGUAAUGCUUAAUUGUUGUUGUCAUGGUGUGUUGUGUGCGACCAGGUAAUGAGGGCAAUGUUGCUAGAAAGAAUUGUGUUAUCUGGGCAUUAUGAUGAUCAUUGAUGAUUGCAAGUUGAUCUGCUAUUGGGUCCUUCAUAGUAAUAGUAAUUUGUUUGUUAUGUAGGAGCAUAUAUAUGAAUGUUGUUUGAUGAAAUGGCCACAAAGAUGUAUUGUAUGAUGGAUCCUGCACCUUUUGUGCACAUGCAAGCAUUUAAAUGAAUGGGGCCACUCUUAUAGCUAACCCAAAAGCUAAGCCAUUAUAUGAGGGAAUGCUUAGAUGACAUGGCAGUGUACUAUAGCCAGCAGCCGACUGCUCUAUUAAC